UCUUGAGGUGAGGUCAGGGGAAGCUGGGCCACCUCGUAUAGCUUCCAUUUUGGAGCAGCUCUGGAGUAUCUUCACCUUCACCCACGCAACUUGACACUUUUUCGACCAAUUACAUACACGAUCUCUGGCUCUAAAGACCAGUCUUGCUAACAUACCAGUGUAAUACAAAACGACGUCCUUAACCUCCCACCUGUAUCACUGCCUUGCCAAAGGCGGAGAAGUUAACCAUGACUUCUCCUACACCACCAUCUUUCGUACCGACUGAGACGCCUCCACGCCAUAAUACAGCAAGCCCCAAGUUUGGAGGAGCCAUUAGCCACCGUUCUAGCUUUGCUGAAAACUUGAGACACUCUCCACGCUCUCAGCGACACCCAUCAUUCACACAAGCUGCCGUGCAGGAGCUACUCAUUCAUCCCCCUUCUUCGCGGACCGGCGAUCCGAGAUUUGUUGGUAGAGAUUGGAGGAAUAUACAUGUUGGUGAACUUGUGAGACGGAAUGAAAUACGAUGGGCAGAACUCGACACCGAUGUCCAAACCGCUACGAGCGUAUGUGAUGCCAUUUUUGAAGAAGUUUCAGAGAGCCAGAGCACCAGUUACUAACGUUGCACAGCUAUUAAUCGAAGCGGGACCUCCAAAUGUUGUUCUUUUGCGUAAAAGUUCGAAUGAUAAAACCGCAUGUGGAACCUUCGAUUACAAUGACCUCAAUGCCUACCUCCUUGUCGUUGUCGGACUCGCGAAUCCAGAACAGGGGCAGUUGGAGGAUUUUGAUUCAUUAGCUAAACGGGCUCGCGAAAAUACCAAAAUACCCCUUGGAGACAUCGAGCAUCUACGGAACAAGGAACCUCUUGUCACACUAUCGGAGUCCGAUGAUCUCUCUAAAGCAAUGGAGCAUUUUGGGAGUGGCAUACACCGAAUUCUCGUUUGCAAGGAGGGGUCGAGCGAGGUUGUUGGGGUUCUCAGUCAGUUGAAGCUGGUUAAAUUUCUGUGGGAUAAUGCCCCCAGUUUCCCAAAUAUCGACCAGUUAUACCCGCAUACCCUGAAGGAUUUGUCGGUUGGACUACCUUCUGCUGUUGCCAUCAAGUAAGAUACCCUCUUAAAUUCUGGGCCUGCAGCACUAACGUAAAUGUAGCGGCGAUAAACCAUUGAUGGAAGCUCUUCAGCUCAUGUCAAACGAGGGUCUUACCAGCGUUCCAGUUGUAGACAACGCACUGAACGUAGUUGGAAAUAUUUCGACAGCUGACGUCAGACUCCUUACUAGUUCAGCUAGUCUUCCACUACUGAAAUCGACCUGCAUUCAUUUCGUCUCAGUAAUUCUUUCCGAAAGGGGAAUGAAUGAUGGAAAAGAUACAUUUCCAGGUGAGAAUGAAAUUCCAAAAUCGAAGGACAAUAUCACUAACAAUGCAACAGUUUUCUACGUCAGCCCCUAUUCCACAUUAGCCCAUACAGUUGCAAAACUAGUAGCAACAAGAUCCCACCGCAUGUGGAUCGUUGAAUCUUCCUCACCAUCCCCUUCCAACCCCGCCACACCUCUUUCAACGCCAUCCACCAGCCACGCAGCCCUCACCUCGCCCAUAUCUUCAAACCCCGCUUCCCCAUCCCUCUCAGGUUCAUUCCCUGCCAUUUCCGCGGCCUCUCUCCCCGGCGCAAGAAUCUCUGGCCGUCUCACAGGUGUGGUAUCUUUGACAGACGUCCUGAAUCUCUUCGCUCGCCAAGCCGGUCUCCACCCAUCCAACCCAAAUGACCAGCGUGAACGAAGACGUAGAAGCUCAAGUUCAUCAAUGAGACCCAGUAUUGAUUCAGCUAGGGGUUCCAGCCUUGAUUUGAGGAGAUGAAAGCAUCGCAUGUCUCUGGGGUUUGAUAUGGUUCAUUGGGGAACAUGCAUUUUGAGCAAGCAUAGCAGCGUGGGCGUUUUUUAAGCAAAGGUUAAUUUGAGUCCAUUUCGUGGGGAUAUUGAUUGAAUGAACGGGCGUUGGGAAGACUUUUCGUGCGUUUUUUUAUUGAUGAGGUUGUGAGAUUGAGACUUUUCUCUCUCUCUCUCUCUCUUUUCUUUUUGCGUGAUGGGGCUUGAGUGAGAAUGGACGGGCGCGCGGGCGGGCAUAUUUCUGG